ACUCAAGUGAUGCACCCAUCCUAGGGACAGCAUGGAAGAGCACCAGUAAGCCAGUAACUCUGCCCCUGUAAUAGGGUUAGAGGCAGAGAAUCCCAGUGGAGAGAGGGGAACCAGCCAGGCAGAGACAUCAAGGGCUCCAGUGCCUUUCCGUUCACCUUCACACCCCUGGGCCAGACUAAACUCAAUCAUAGGACCUACUGAAGAGAUGAGUCUUCAGUAAAGACUAAAAGGAUCGAGAUCGAGUCUGCGUCUCUCACAUGGAUGGGCAGGUAACUAUCGAAUGGAACAUAAUAAAUAAAUGGUUAUUUUCAGAACGAAACGAUUGGAAAAACCCUGGUUUGUGCACAACUUUAUUAUUGUAGCCUAGUCCAUGGUUUUUGCAUUAAUACACAUGGAUACUUUGCGUUACCACUAGGGGGAGCUGCAGGCAUGCGCGUCUCGGUCCGUGACGGUUGGAAGAAAUCAACUGUACAUCCUGUUUUCAGUUUGUAACUUUUAUAAGCAUUGUUUUCAAAUUCUAGAGACCACUAAUUCACAGUUAAGAUAAACAUGUUUUCUGGUCGUUUUGAUGUAUAAAGUUUUGACCAAGUGAAAAUACGAGUGAGAUUUCCCCAUUCAUUCAUUUACAGUAUGUGUAGAAGCCACGUUGUUACAGUAGCUGGCUAAGCUCUAGUUCAAACACCGCUGUCAAAAAAUAAAUGUGUCACUCUCUUUGGAAUAGUGGGGUUGGAGUGCCAUCUAAAACUAUGCAGUACAUCUCGUCAGACUUCUGACAAUAGUUCGGCAGCCUCUGAUGCUCUUUGACACCGUACGAGUGAAGCACGUCUAUUUCAUGCCGUGCGUCAGAGCAGUUCUUCCACUGUUCCGAGAAGUGACCAUGCAUAUUCAUAUAUUUUAAUUGCAUGCAAAUGAAGGUUGCCUUCGCUAACGCACCCACAACGGAAACACAAUCAUGGCCUCGGAUUUGCUGGUGGACGCAUUAGAACAGUGUUUGUAAAUGGCUCAUAAGAAUGUUCCCAGAUAUUUAAGACGCUGGAUGAGGAAGCCAUGAGGGUGCCUUGGAGGUAUCCGACUCAGAUAACACUGACUAUGUGCCGGUGGGUUAAGUUGGAGUUGUGGAAGCACCUGGUGGUCCAGCUGUCCUAGAUGAGCCUACAGAUGUGGAGGAAUCCUCUGAGGGGGAGAGUGAAAACCAGUCAAGUAGACAGAGUCUAAAAGGGUCUUACUGACCCCCCCCACUAAAGGCAGAACCAGAAUCCAUAACAUCUUGAGGAGCUUUUCCCAGGGCCUGUAACGGGAUGUCACCCAAAGAUGCCUGGGAGCAGUUCAUUAGUAUCAUUGAGAUUGUGUACAAAUUGUGAAGGACGGAGAACGACAGCAAAAGGAAACGAGGGGAGAGAGGUCAACAAAGAUGAACCAAAGGCCUUUAUCGGUUUAACCCUCCUCACCAGCGUGGAGAAAAGGUGGGAUGUCUCCACAUGGGAGUUAUUUUUGGAUCCACUGCAGAACUCAAUGUAUAAGGCCACCAUGUCGGUCGGAAGACGUGAGGGUAUCCGUCACUACCUGACAUUGAUAACAAGAGGACCAGAGUGUCCAGAGAGGCAACAGACCACCUGGCAGCCUUCUGGUAUAUGUGGGACCUUUUCCUAACAAACUGUAGUGGAAGGUUCAUCCCCAGCAACUGCAUCACAGUGGAUGAGCAGCUUGUGCCGUUCCGGGGGCAGAAGCAGGUUCACACAGUACAUGCACAGCAAGCCUGUCAAAUAUGGUAUAAAGAUCUUCUGACUAUGUGAUGCAAGAGUCCCCUAUGCCAUUGAUGGGAUAGGCUACACAGGCAGACAGCCAGGAGAGGAGGUUCAGAACAACCUUGGAGACAGCAUUGUCCGAAAGUUGUGCAGUGGAAUGAGACAAACAGUUGAAGUAUUCUUUCUAAGAAUUAUUGCAAUACCUCGGUCAGACAUUUUUAUAUUUUCUAGUGUGUAUUUUAGAUUGAUAUUUUAUUCAUUCUUCUGAGACAUUGUUGUAUUAAUACAAAACAGUUAUAGAAUAGAAAUUCCAAAAGUAUACUUUUGUAUUUCACCCAUUGUUUUCAAUCGCAGAUCGCAAUAUCACAAUGGACACAUUCUUUACUAGUGUCCCUUUGGCAGAGUACCUCUUGGACAAUAACGUGACAGUUGUGGGGACUCUUCGCCAAAACAAGCCGGACAUAACCACCAAUUAUGAAGCCAUCCAAGUUCACGAAGGUGCAUAGCUCCGAGUUUAGUUUCAAUGUCAACUUGGCCAUGAUAAUUUAUGUGCCGAAGCAGUUGUCCUUUCCGAGCACGCUGCAGGAUGACAAAGUGGUGGAUGAGGCCAGUGCCAAGAAGAAGCCAGAGAUGAUCCAAUAAAAUAACUGCACAAGAGGAUGAUUGGACAUUAUGAAUCAGAUGGUGUGUGCCACCCUCAAUGUUUACAUCAUAUUUAUGCCACAGAACCCCAACUUCAUGUGAGGUGUGAACGGCACCCGACGGCUGUUCAUCAAGGAGCUGGUCAAAGAGCUUGUGAUCCCACACAUGCAGAGAGGCGCAUGGAAGGAUGUUGCAACCUACCAAAGGUCAUCACUGAAGCAAUGGAAAGAUGUGGGGUGAUGAAAGAGAGCCAUGCCAUCACCACUCAGAGUACCCAGGGCCAGAAGAGGAAGAGAUGCCAGCUCUGCCCACCACUCAGAGCACCCAGGGCCAGAAGAGGAAGAGAUACCAGCUCUGCCCACCACUCAGAGCACCCAGGGCCAGAAGAAGAAGAGAUACCAGCUCUGCCCACCACUCAGAGCACCCAGGGCCAGAAGAGGAAGACAUACCAGCUCUGCCCACCACUCAGAGCACCCAGGGCCAGAAGAGGAAGAGAUACCAGCUCUGCCCACCACUCAGAGCACCCAGGGCCAGAAGAGGAAGAGAUGCCAGCUCUGCCCACCACUCAGAGCACCCAGGGCCAGAGGAGGAAGAGAUACCAGCUCUGCCCACCACUCAGAGCACCCAGGGCCAGAAGAGGAAGAGGUGCCAGCUCUGCCCACCACUCAGAGCACCCAGGGCCAGAAGAGGACGAGAUACCAGCUCUGCCCACCACUCAGAGCACCCAGGGCCAGAAGAGGAAGAGAUACCAGCUCUGCCCACCACUCAGAGCACCCAGGGCCAGAAGAGGAAGAGAUACCAGCUCUGCCCACCACUCAGAGUACCCAGGGCCAGAAGAGGAAGAGGUGCCAGCUCUGCCCACCACUCAGAGCACCCAGGGCCAGAAGAGGAAGAGAUACCAGCUCUGCCCACCACUCAGAGCACCCAGGGCCAGAAGAGGAAGAGGUGCCAGCUCUGCCCACCACUCAGAGCACCCAGGGCCAGAAGAGGGAGAGGUGCCAGCUCUGCCCACCACUCAGAGCACCCAGGGCCAGAAGAGGAAGAGAUGCCAGCUCUGCCCAAGCGCAACGUUUAGAAAAGUCAGCUGCUGGUGUACUCAGUGCAACAUACCUGUCUACACAGAGCACAGUCACAUGCUUGUGUUUGUAACAAAUGCAUGGACUAAGGCAGCAUAAGUGCACGCGCGCGCACACACACUUUGCUCAUUCUAGUGUUUAUGUUUUCUAAAUUCACAAUUGUUAGUGUUGUCGUUUAAACUGAUGAUGAACUUUGGAUUUUCAAAUAAAUGUUUGGAACUAUUA